UCAGCAAAUUCACGCUGGGCAAGAACAUUCACCUGUUCUUUGUGUGAGAGGAGAUUCAGUCUGUCAUCCCACCUGUGGACAGAACAGUCCGUUUCCACCGGGCAGAGGCUGGUCAUCUGCUGAAUUUGUGGGGAGGGAUUUACUCGGUCAUCUCACCUAAUGGCGCUCCAGCGAGUUCACACCGGGGAGCGGCCGUUCACCUGCUCGGACUGUGGGAAGGGAUUUACACGGUCUUCCAGCCUACUGAGUCAUCAGAGAAUUCACACUGGGGAAAAGCCGUUCAUCUGUUCGGUCUGUGGGAAGGGAUUCACUCACUCAUCCACCCUACUGAGUCAUCAGCGUGUUCACACUGGGGAGAGGCCAUUCACCUGCUCGGACUGCGGAAAGAGAUUCACUCAGUCAUCCAACCUACUGAGUCAUCAGCGAGUUCACACUGGGGAGAAGCCGUUCACCUGCUCAGAAUGUGGGAAGAGAUUCACUCGUUCAUCCGACCUACUCUGUCAUCAGCGAGUUCACACUGGGGAGAGGCCGUUCACCUGCUCAGAAUGUGGGAAGAGAUUCACUCGUUCAUCCCACCUACUGAGUCAUCAGCGAGUUCACACUGGGGAGAGGCCGUUCACCUGCUCAGUCUGUGGGAAGAGAUUCACUCAGUCAUCCCACCUACGGAGUCAUCAGCGAGUUCACUCUGUGGAUAAGCCGUUCACCUGCUCCGUCUGUGGGAAGAGAUUCACUCUAUCAUCCAACUUACUGGUUCAUCAUCGAGCUCACACUGGUGAGAAGCCGUUCACCUGCUCAGAAUGUGGGAAGAGGUUCACUCUGUCAUGCAACCUGCAGACACACCAGCGAGUUCACACUGGGGAGAGGCCAUUCACCUGCUCAGUCUGUGGGAAAGGAUUCACUCGGUUAUCCCACCUACAGAGUCAUCAGAGAACUCACACUGGGGAGAAGCCGUUCACCUGCUCGGUCUGUGGGAAGGGAUUCACUCACUCAUCCACCCGACUGAGUCAUCAGCGAGUUCACACUGGGGAGAAGCCGUUCAUUUGCUCCGUCUGUGGAAAGAGAUUCACUAAGUCAUCCAACUUACUGGUUCAUCAUCGAGCUCACAGUGGUGAGAAGUCGUUCAUCUGCUAAGAAUGUGGGAAGAGGUUCACUCUGUCAUGCAACCUGCAGACACACCAGUGAGUUCACACUGGGGAGAGGCCAUUCACCUGCUCAGUCUGUGGGAAAGGAUUCACUCACUCAUCCACCCGACUGAGUCAUCAGCGAGUUCACACUGGGGAGAAGCCGUUCAU